AAACUUUUUUCUACUAUCUUAUCGCUGCCAGUCCCUGCGUGCGAUAUUCUGGUUCACGAACCUCCAACCCCCACAAGCCACCAUUUGCUCAUACAUAGACUAUUGUGGCCUUGUUUGCAUGCCCAACUGCGAGACACAAGUUUGAUACGCGACAGAUUCAAAUCACACCACCGCCGCAAUGCCUAAAUCCAAGCGCGCCAAGGUCGUCCACAUGACCCAGGUCGCAAAGAAGACCCGCGACGACAAAGACCAGCUCUUCACCAACAUUCGCGAAGCCGUCCCCGAGUAUCAGCAUGUCAUCGUCUUUGAGGUGGACAACAUGCGCAACAACCAUCUCAAGGUUGUUCGACAGGAGCUAUCCGACUGUCGAUUGUUCUUUGGCAAGACGAAGCUCAUGGCAAAGGCGCUGGGUCAGAACCCUGCCGAAGCCAUUGCCCCUGGCAUUGAGGGCCUCACCAAAUACCUGGCUGGAACUGUUGGGCUGAUCCUUACGAACCGCCCUGUCGAAGCAAUCCUCGCGUACCUCGACAACUUCCACCCGGUGGACUUUGCGCGGGCUGGUGUCCCCGCCACACGAGAGUUCACCAUUCCCGCUGGUGUUGUCUACUCCACUGCGGGAGAGAUUCCCGCGGAGUACGAUGUACCAAUGGAGCACACCAUUGAGCCUGAGCUGCGCAGGCUCGGCGUCCCCACGAGGAUGGUCAAGGGCAAGGUCGUUCUUGGCGAGGAGAGCGGCGAGGGUGAGGGUUAUCUGGUAUGCAAAGAAGGCCAGGUCUUGGACUCGAGGCAGACUAGGCUACUCAAGCUGUUCUCGGUCUGCCUCAGUGAGUUCAAGGUCAAUGUGUUAGCACACUGGAGCUCAGCGUCAGGCGAGGUCACCGAGGUCAGCCAAAGCGCAAUGGAAGAAUAGAAAGGCACACAGAUGGCAUUGCUCGCAUUGGUAAGGCUGUUGUCAUUUGGUAGGCUCUAUACCAGCGGUACUCUGGGUUUCGGCGUUGGGGAUCAAAAGAAAUGGGCUCCUUGGAAUGAUACAAAGGGGUCAAACAUGAUUUUGCGUUGAUCAAUGAACGAUACUUGCUUACUGUCC